CCCUCCAUCCAUCCACCGCUUCGGUGCGCACUUGUUCUUUUUUUUCCCUGGCGCUUUCCCGGGCUCCCGUCCUUCUCUGGGGGGUGCACAGGUGCAUCCUUCGGUUAACACUCGUUCCCCGUUGACUCGAUUAUGGUCACAACCCCCGCGGUGCCAAGGUGGAGCCACCGCGCGUCUCUCGGAUCGGUGCGCUUCUCCAGGGGCUGGGAUGCGCACCCGGAACCUCGCGCUUCCUGCCCAGUUUCGGGUCACAGCAGGAGCCUAGCGCUGGCCCGGGGCGCCGAGGCAGGAGGAGCCAGUCCACGCGGAGCAGGAUGCCGGUGAUGAGAGGGCUGCUGGCCCCGCAGAACACCUUCCUGGACACCAUAGCCACGCGCUUCGAUGGGACCCACAGCAACUUUGUGCUGGGAAACGCCCAGGUCCAGUCCCUCUACCCCAUCGUCUACUGCUCGGACGGCUUCUGCGAGCUCACCGGUUACGCCCGGGCCGAGCUCAUGCAGAAGAGCUGCGCCUGCCACUUCCUGUACGGACCCGAAACUAGUGACCGGCUCACGGCACAGAUCCAAGGAGCCCUGGACGAGAGGCGAGAGUUCAAGACCGAGUUGGUGUUCUACAAGAAAGAAGGUACACAGUUCUGGUGUCUUCUGGACAUUGUGCCCAUCAAGAAUGAGAAGGGGGAGGUGGUUUUGUUUCUUGUUUCCCACAAAGACAUCAGCGACAAGAAGGACCAGGAGCCUGACCAUGUACCUGAAACAGAUGAGGAGACAGGUCUGGAGGUGCACCAGGUCACUCGGCCUCCAGGAUUCAACGCCAACCGCCGUCGCAGCCGAGCCGUCCUGUACCACCUCUCCGGACAUCUGCAGAAGCAAGAUAAGAGCAAGCUUAAGAUCAACAAUAACAUGUUUGGAGAGAAGCCUCCGAUUCCAGAGUACAAGGUGGCAGCCAUACAGAAGUCCCGCUUCAUCCUGCUCCACUAUGGGACCUUCAAGGCUGGCUGGGACUGGCUGAUCCUGCUGGCGACCUUCUAUGUGGCCGUCACGGUUCCCUAUAACGUGUGUUUCACCGUGGGCGGGGCACGAGAGGAAGGGAGCGGCAGCGCGCCACGGAGCCCACCCAGUGUCAGUGACAUUCUUGUGGAGAUCUUGUUCAUUUUAGACAUUCUUCUGAACUUUCGAACCACUUUUGUGAGUACAUCGGGUCAGGUGGUGUACGAUGCCCGCUCCAUCUGCAUUCACUACGUCACCACUUGGCUCUUUGUCGACCUCAUCGCGGCCCUGCCCUUUGACCUGCUGUACGCGUUCAACGUCAGCGUGUACUUUGGCGUUCACUUGCUGAAGACAGUCCGGCUGCUCCGGUUGCUGCGGCUGCUCCAGAAGCUGGAGCGCUACUCUCAGUACAGCGCUGUGGUUCUGACCCUGCUGAUGUCCAUGUUCGCCCUGCUGGCUCACUGGAUGGCCUGCGUGUGGUAUUUCAUCGGCCGCCGAGAGAUUGAGAGUCCUGGAUCCUGGGAUAUAGGAUGGCUUCAUGAGCUGGCCAAGCGUCUUGGAACCCCCUACUUCCUCUCUUCCAUCCUGUCACCGGUGCCCACCACAGAUAGCAUCCCCCCAGCCAACAGCAGCAGCCCAUGGAACAUCUCGGGAUCAGAUUUUGGGACGCAGGUCUCCUGGAACUCAAGCCAGUAUUACAGAAACAUGUCCGGGGGCGAGGCGGUGCCAGCCGCUGGAGGAGGCAGCGGCUCUGGGAUGCUCACCGGUGGCCCAUCUGUGCGGAGCAGCUACGUGACCUCCCUCUACUUUGCUCUGAGCAGUUUGACCAGCGUGGGGUUUGGGAACGUUUCUGCAAACACAGAUUCAGAGAAAAUUUUCUCCAUCUGCACCAUGCUCAUCGGUGCGCUGAUGCACGCAGUGGUGUUUGGUAAUGUGACAGCUAUAAUCCAGAGGAUGUAUUCCCGCCGCUCGCUAUACCACACUCGCACCAAGGAUCUGAAGGACUUUAUCAGAGUCCAUCGUCUACCUAAAGCUCUGGAGCAGCGCAUGCUGGAAUGUUUCCAAACCACCUGGUCGGUCAAUAAUGGGAUCGAUGUCAAUGAGCUGCUGAAGGAUUUCCCAGACGAGCUGAGGGCCGACAUCGCCAUGCAUCUCAACAAGGAGCUGCUGCAGCUACCGCUGUUUGAGUCGGCCAGCAGGGGCUGUCUGCGCUCGCUCUCGCUCAUCAUCAAGACCUCCUUCUGCGCCCCCGGCGAGUUCCUCAUCCGGCAGGGAGACGCGCUUCAGGCCAUCUACUUUGUGUGCUCUGGAUCCAUGGAGGUCCUGAAGGAUAACACGGUGCUGGCGAUACUUGGUAAAGGAGAUCUGAUCGGCUCGGACUCUCUCACGAAGGAGCAGGUGAUCAAGACCAACGCCAACGUCAAGGCUCUGACAUACUGUGACCUGCAGUACAUCAGCCUGAAGGGCCUUCGUGAGGUGCUGCGCCUGUACCCCGAGUACGCCCAGAAGUUCAUCAGUGAGAUCCAGCACGACCUCACGUACAACCUGAGGGACGGCCACGGAGCGGACUGCGACUGGGAAAGCAACGGAGGGCUGGUGAAGAAGCUGGCUUCCAUCCGUGAGGAUGAAGAGGGCGAUGAAGACCAGAACUCUGUGUCCCGCGCUCCUCGCUCGCCUCUGCGGCUCAGCCGGGGACUCAACUCACCUUUGAGGUCGCCUCUGAUGCCCCCGAGGCCGUUCCGCCCCCCGUCCGACCACCCCCGGCCCACCACCCUGCAGAUUCCUCUGGUCAGCUUCAGCAGCGUCUCUCCUGAACUCAGCCCCAGGUUUGUGGACGGGAACGAAGCGGAGAGCAACUCCUCACACAAAUUUGAGUUCAGUCCCAGUGUGUCACCUGCAGCGCCCCCAUCUCCAUACCCAGGCCUCCGGGAGUCGACGGAGAUCAAGCAGAGCGUGUCCAAACUGACUGAGGAGAUGAACAGCCUCUCCAGCCAAGUCUCCAAACUCAGUCUGGAGCUGCAGGAAAUGACCAACAUGCUGAAGCCCCUCCUGCAGAGAGCCUCGCAGCCCUCCGUGAUGCCAAAUGUUGCCCCCAGCACUGUCGCGAACGUGGCCCCCACCCCUCCCUGCCCGCCCCUCCAGAGACCUGACAACCAUUCAUUGUUGGACAGUGGAGACAUGGAGGGUGUGGAUCUGCCAGGAUGCCUUCAGCCGACGCUUCAUACACCAAAAAGGCCUCGUUCACCCCCGACAAUGUCACUGCAGGGUCUUUCUACGGCCCCUGCUGGUGACCUGAAGGACCCUGUGGGUCGCCUCCGCACUUCCACAAGUAGCAGCAUAUUCAUGUCCUCACUGCAGGAGCAGCCUCCUCUGGUCUCCAACACUCCCUCGCCAUCGCUGUCCUUCUCCAUGUCUCUGUCCUCCUCCCAGUCUCUGUCCCCCUGUCAGGGCCCUCACCCCUCACGGCUGGACAGCGGCUCCAGCAGGGGCCUCCUCCCCCCACCGCCCUCCCAGGACACUCCUCCUCGGUUCUCCCACUGCUCAGCACCCUCAUCGCUGACAUCAUCACCCGGAGACCCUCGCCUGAGGCCUUCUUCUUCUUCUUUAUCCCCGAAUUUCCACCACCUUCCCUCCAUCCACUCUCUGCCCACCAUUCUAGACUCCACCAGUCGGACUUCCACACAGCACCAGAGGCCAGCCAGAGCGGCGUCUCAACCCCAGGAGAUGGAGAUGCAGCAGUGGGGUGCUGAGAUAGGGGGAGGGAUAUCGUCCACAGAGCACAUCAGCUUCAUCGACGAGGACGAGCCAGGAGCAUGAACUGGAGUAGCAGAGAUCACCUGGCGGCAGGCGGGUUGGUCGCACACGUGAAGGGUCAAACAACAAACAGCACAACUUGUCUUACAGAGACUCAAGUGUAGCAUCACAGUUUCUCAGCUCAACACGUGUCACUGGAGGACAGUUGACAUGGAGGAGGAAGUGAGAAUGAGAUCUGUAGUGCUUUCCUCAGACAUCCAAACGGCAGAGGUUGAGAAGAAUAUUGGAAAAAAAAACAUGGAAAGAAUCCGUUUGAUCAAACACUUCUGCAAUAUUUCACCAAAAUUAUAGACUCCUCUUCAGACAUUUGUUACUUCUUGAGUGCGAUUACGGUCAAGCGCCAUAAUCUGUCAUUUUAUCCCAUAAAUCUUCGAUUCUCACUGUCCCCCCGGCCACUCCAGAAGGGUUUAUGGUUCUGUUUAGGUCCCACAUCUGCAGGUUAUUCAUAAAAUGCUGCGGCAAACACUCUUCUGGGACAGUCCUCAGCUCCUCUGCAGCAAGUCUGCCCUUCAAAAUAAAAGCAGUGAGCUCUCCUCACAACUGACUCUUGCAUGGGUUGAAGCCUGAUGCAGUCGAGCUGUCGAUGUUACAGACCUCAUUUUGAAGUGACAGAUAGGAGUCAAUGGUGAGUGGAAUUUAAAGGCUGAAGCAAGACAUCCAGCUCCUAACCACAGCGGAAUAAAACAUUGUUGAGCUUGUCAGCUCACUGAACUUGACGUCCUGAGUUAGCUUCAGCGGCUGCAGUGCAGUAGUGUGUUCUAGCAAGACAAAAUUAUACCUAUCAAAUGUCCAUUUUAAUAACGCUACAAGAGUGAUGGAGUCACUGGUUUGGAGCAUUUGAGAAGUGCCCUGACAACACUGACCCUGAAGUGCUUGUCGCUCAGGAUCAAAUAAAUCUGGCAUUUAAGUAUGGAGGCGGAAGCUACAGUGAAUGUCAACAGCAUGAUUCAGAAUUUCUUGUCCAUGUGGUGACAUUUCUAUACUCAAUUAUUAUUUGGUAUAAGAGGACAAAAACUUUCUGAAUAUAAUCGGCGACAAACCUGGCUUCAGAUGAAUAAAGAUUUCGGCGUCUUGUGUUGUCCUCUGACAGCUUCCUGCUGCCUCACACUCGGAAUGUAACUCCUCCUUGCUCCAGUCCCUCCAGACUAAAUGUGUGAAUCACCCUCGCACCUCGCUAUCUGUCUGUUGAGUCUGAAUAUUCACACCAACACUACAAUGUUUUCAAUCAUCCACCAGAGAGUCAUGAUAAAGGUUGUAGGUGGCUGGACAUCCACACAUUCAGAGCCCAGAUAUGUGUAUCUAGAACCUGAAAAUGUUCGUCUUUUUUCUUUUACAAACUCCCAACUAGAGCCCUUAGUGUUUGGAUCAGAUCAUUCCUUUAUCCUCACACAUGCUGAGGGCUGCGAGCUGUGCACCUACACACUGAAAGGCUAAACUCUGUAAGCAUCCUCCCCGCCUGAUCUGUUGGGUUUGUGUCUUCAUUUAUGAUUCUCAGAGGUGCAUUUUACUACUGCAUGCUCAACCUAAAUGCUCAGCUAUGAAUAAGACCCAUAUGAAAUGAAUCUAAAAAUUCAGUCUCGAUCUGCUAGUGUGUAUUUAACAUACAGUUUCUUCAUCCUCCAACGCUUGUCUGAUUCUCAAAAAGUUAUGACCAGUUUUACUGGAUGAAUGAGUCGACCGAGUCUCAAAUAAAUCUCAAGUUUACAGCGCACAAUGGUGUAAUCUGAUCUUUUUAAACCCAAAGAUUAUGCUAAAUAUGAACAUGAAAAUUCAGCAUUUUCACUUUAAAUUUCAACUGAAGUCAACAUGAUUCUGAAAGGUGUACAUUUGAGAAUCAGGACACGAUGUUGAGGAUGAAGAGGUGAUCAGGAUGGAUGCUGUUCUAAUCCAGAUAUUAAGGUGGUGCAGCCGCACACAGCCCCAUUGUUGUCACUCCUGAGCUUUAGCCAUCCAGCCAUUCGUGCCUUCUCCACGUAAACACGCCGCUUGCCUCUGAGGUCGGCAUUUGAACCCACAUUGACAAAGAAAAGCCAUCUGACUCACCUGCGGAAACACGUGCACCUUUAUUUACAAGUUUAUUUAUUUAUUUAUGAAGCAUUUUAUUUAUAUAUUUUGAUCGAACUGAAGGUUUGUGCACCUUGGCAUGCGAGAAGGGAGAGUCGUCUUCAGAGUCUGGGACAAGAGAUAUCUGCUCGUUUUGUUAUGUAGCAUUCACAAACUUCAUUUCUUGACAAGGCAACCACGACUCCCCAGCAGGUCCAGCUCGUGUGUAAAGAACAGAACCAUGUUGCUUGUAAUAUAUACGUCAGAUUUCUGUUCUCUAUUUUCUGUAUGGAGAGUCACACGCUGACACGCGGCUCUGAUCUGGU